CCUGUACCAUCAAGAUCAAGAUCCCGGUUCCUGGAGUACACACAGUCCCGGAGAGUCCUGCUGAUCUCCCGGCCUCCACUAUGUUGAGGAUUUCCAGCAGACUGCGGCCCAAUGCGACCUUCAGGGUGGUGCGGGUGGGUGGAGGGGGGCAGAGAUUCCAGUCAUCCCAGUCCAGGGGUGGUGGAGUAGGGAACGGCCUGCUGGUGGUGGCCGGGAGCAGCACCUUUGUGGCGGGGCUGAUGGGCUACGCUGCCUGGAGUGACGACAACAGAAGGAAAGUGGAGAGAAGCAUCCCGGGCUCCAGGUACGUCCUCUCUGGACUGCUGGGGCCACUGGCGGAGGUGGCACCUGUAGCAGAGGACCAGGGCCUGCUGAAGAAGAAGCUUGACCGGGAGAAGAAGAAGAAGCCUAAGGAAGUGGAGCCUACACCCGCACCUGCUGUAGAGGAAGUGAAGCCAGGUGACGCGGUAGUGGAGAGCCUCACCCCUCCAGCCAGCAGUGAGGAACAGACACAGCAGCAGGAGGGCAGUGAGGCAGCACCUGAACACAGCACAGAACCAGCGCCAUCACAGGUGACCCCAGAGCCAUCAGUGCCAGCAGUAGAAGAGGCCCCACAGGUCACCACGUCAACCCCAGUGCCUGAAGGAGAGCUGGCCACUCCGUCCUUGGAGGAGCGGCUUGCAUCCUCCGAGGUGUCCCAGGACGUGGAGAAUGCGGCGCUGACUCAAGCACUGCAGGACCUCGCGCACCAGGCCCAGAAGGAACUGACGGCCGCGCUGAGUGCUGCCGAGGACGCAGCGAGGGUGGUGCAGCGACAUGCAGAAAAAGCGUACCAGGCAAUCGACAGCGUCCAGGACAAGGAGCAGUUUGAGGCGGUGGCUGAGCUGGCAGUGGAACGCAACCGCCUGGUGGAGGAUGCAAACAAACGGAUUGUCGCUGCCGGGGAAGCUGUGGAGAAGUUUAGGGAGCAGGUGAGUGAGGGGCAGUUGUCCGGCCUGACCAAGGAGAACCCAGCCCUCAUAGCAGCAGAGGAGACACUGGUGGAGAUGAAGUACGCAGUGGACAGAGCCAAGGGGAUGAUCCUGGAGGCGGAGAGGGACAGCAAGGUCGUGAGCAGUUACAAGGAGUUAGUGGAAGCUGGAAGGGAGCAGUUUGAGGCAGAGGUGAGGUCUCUGCUGCCUGAGGUGAAGCUUGGGGAGACGAGUGACAAACUAACGCAGGACGAGCUGAAUCUUCUCCUGGCACACGCUCAUCGCAAGGUCCUCCAUCUGCAGACCCAGCUGGCCCGCCUUCAGGCAUCGCAGGAGACAAUGGAGCACGACCGGUUCAAAGAGGCAUUGGCGAGGCAGCGGUCUGAAGAUAGCCAGUUGCUGGAGGCCAAGGUAGAGACUGAGCUGGAUAGGCAGAGGCAGCAGCUGGAUGUGGAGUACAAGAAGCGAGUGAUAGACAUAAAGGAGGAGCUGGAGGGAGAGCUAAGGUCACAGUUGAAGAGGCAGGCAGCGGCUCACAGCGACCACCUGGCUGACGUCCUCUAUGUGCAGGAAAAGGAACUGGAGAACAAGUGGUCAAGCAUCCUGCAGGACAAGGUGCAGACUGAGAAGGACACGUAUCUAUCCUCCCUAGCCAGGAUCCAGGGCCAGCUGCAAGGACUCCAGAGUGCCCUGGCCCAGCGUGCCGAUGUGGACAAGGCGGCACUCUCUGCUCGAGAACUCUGGCUUGCUUGCGAGUCUCUCAGGAAUGCCCUCAGAAAUUCAGGAGAGGGAGCCCCAUCAUGGGAGGAGCAAUUGAAGCCUCUGCAGGACCACAUCUCGGCCAUCAGGAAGGCUACUGGGGGCGAUGGCAACCCCUACGUGGAGGCUGUGCUGGCGUCCCUGGCGGAAGAUGCUGUGGCCCGGGGCGUGUACCCUGAGGAAGCCCUGAGGGAACGCUUCAUCAAGGUGGAACGAGUGUGCAAGCGAGUGGCCAUGAUUGGAGACAACGGUGGCUCACUCCUCAGGUACUUGUUGUCGUACAUUCAGAGUUUCCUGGUGCUGGAUGCCUUUGAGUACCUGCCAGGGAGUGAGGUGCGCAAUGAAGAGGUGGCGGUGGAUGCCCUCUCCACCUACGACAUCCUCGCUCGAGCCAGGUAUUGCUUGGAGAAGGACGACCUGUGCAUGAGUGUGCGCUAUAUGAACCUGCUGCGAGGGGAGGCAAGGAACGUCGCAUCCGGGUGGCUCAAGGAGGCAAGGCUUACACUGGAAACCCGCCAGGCAGCACAUGCCCUCCUGGCACACGCUGCUGCCACGGCUGUACAGGCACUCUGAAAACCCAGGCAUUUGUUAUUAGAUUAGGACCUCAGAAAAUUUAUGACCCACAAUGCUCCCUUUAUUAUUUUCAUUUUUUUUCCGAACAAAGACUUCCAUUGUCAUGUUUCUCCACUGUCUUGAAGGUUGUGUGAGGCAGUCGGCUGUUGUUGCCCCAUACAACCCUAUCAAAAUGACUUCUGGUGUACCUGGGGCUUGUUAUCAGCAUGGGGUCCUGGUAUCAGCUUGUCAGGACCUCAUCUAACAGUGAAAAGGCUUCCCUAGUCCUUUUCUCACCUCCACUCAUGAAAACCCAAGGACAGAUUGGCUCAUACACUUCACUCCUCCACUCCUUGUUCCUGCUCAAUCUCCCAGAAUCCCUCACCUCCCCAUAUCCUAAUCUCCCUCACUCCCUCACCUCCCCACAUCUUAAGACUCGGGCAGUGUGUUAGUCUCUGAAGUCCUCCAGUCCGACACACCUCAGGGCCUCGGAGCACCCCAGGUUUCUGUGCUAAUGUAGGUGCGAUAGUGUCGAUGGAGGGGUGUUUCUGGAGUGCCUGAGGGUGAGUGGUCAUAGCAUACUUGUAAGAAAAUAAGGGAAGCUGCAAGAAGCCAUCAAUCAGUUUCUUUAGUUAAAUGUACUUACCAUACCUAAUUGAACCAAUUUCCCCAUUCAUUCAGUUUCGUCUUAUCUUUAAAAGCUCCCUAUCAACUUGGCGCUAAUGACCUGGCCACCUAGUCCACUUAACUUGUGUAUCUAAGCCACAACCAUUUGCAGUGUUUAGUUACAGGUUUGGUUGUGUUGAUGGAGUGAUGUCUCUGGAGUGCUCUAGGGUGACUGUCCAUCUUUGAGCCACACCUGCUUGUAAUGCUUAACUGGAGGUGUGGCAGGUGUGAAUAGAGCUUUUUGCUGCACUGCCUGGUUAUUAUACAUGGUUCUGCCUGGUGCACUCAAACACACACACAAACACACAUUCACUAGCAUGGUGGUAACAUCCUUGCCUGUCUUUUUGGAAGGCUUAUGUUCAUAUCUUAGUGAGUCUCCAAUGUGGGAUGUGUGAAAGGCCUCAGUGGAGCUCUAAUCUCUGUCUAGGAAGGCACAGCUGGUGAUCACAAGUCCAGCUGAUUCUGUAGGUUAUUUGUACACACAGGUCUUCAAGAAUUAGUAAGACUUGGUUCAUUUUCCUGCAAGUCCUAAGAAUGUAUGGGGUGUGUGUCUUAUCUCUGCCUCAUGUUUACUUCUCACUGUACACAAAUUUGUCAUUGUUAUUCUCUCUCUCUCUGUCUCUCUUUUUCUGUGCCCCUCUCUCCACCUCAAUGCAGAUUUCACUGUUUAUUUAUCAUUGCUCUUGUUUUCCUUGUCUUGUAUCUAAAGCAUGUACUUUAUAACCUUUUAAAAACCAUGCAUUCUCACUUCCUGGUAUUAUUACUCUGCUUUCGUCUCCAUAUGUCCUUCUCUCUGUAUCCUGCCAAGAGAAAAAACUCUACAUUACACUGAAAUAGGGAAACAGAUCUCUGCCAGUAAAAGAUUGAUAUUAUUAACAUUUUCCCUCCCCCAUAAUUCAAGAUGCACCUUCCUCUUACAUAAAUCACUGGAGUGGGGUUAGAUUCCUUUCUUGCACUGUGAAGGUAUUGGAACCCACCUUUACGUACAGCAUGCCUUUGAAUCAUUGCUGGAAAUCAAACACACACACAGACACACGCACACACACACACAUAUUUAUUGGUAUUUCUCUUCAUUCUAAUGUGAUAUGGGAUGGGAGUCUGCAUUUAAAUUUAGUUAUGCCAGGGAAUUAAUUGAUGUUUUAUCUGACCUAUGUACUGGUUAUGAAUUCUUUACCUGGGGCUCUCGGGACUAGAUGUGUUAUGGAUUUUUAAUUUGCCGUGAAUUCCGAAGUGAUAGGCACACACAUACGUAUGUGUCUCUGCUCACGAUGACUCGCUUUCUGGAAAAUAUACCUUGAGUUGGGAAAUGUUUAUAUUGUAAAAAUGGUUCGUUAAACAUUUGUAUAGUGUUAGUCAUAAUAUUUACUGUUUUCUUUCUCAGUGAGGAGAUAAAAUGGAUUGCAAUGUUAUGGUUAUGAACGGAAGUAUUUGAGUUUUCUCCCGUUCGUCACUUAAAAGUACAUGUGGCAGUGAAUAUUUUUCCUGUCCAGGUGUUUGUGUGUGUGUGUGCAUCAGACUAAUAACAGUGGUAGUCAUAAACAUCCAGAUUUGCAGAGUUUGAGGUAAAGGAUUCUUAAACUGUACCCCUGACUAGAGCUGCCAGCAUAACACACAUGUCUAUCAAUUCUUUGGUGAGAGAUCAUGAAGAAUAAGUAUUGUAUGUUUAUCAUUUGCAGUGUGUAUAGCUGGAGCAUUCAUUUCAUACAGUUUCACCCUCGUUAACAAACUACCCAAGUCAUUUCAUUUAUAUAUCUGAUUAUUUGUAUGGAUAAAUUCUUCUUAUAUUCGGUUUGUGGUCUGAAAGUUACUUGGCAUCUUAAAAUGGAAAAUCAAGAGAGUUUUCACCCAGAUUUCCCAAAAGAUGAGGUGACUGGGGCAGCUUGGUUAUGAGAGUGGCAGAAGAGUUGAUGUGGGAGUACCCUGCCUGCUAGUGCCCCUUCCAAGCCGCGUGAAGGAGGACAGGGUGCUGGCUCUGUUCCGCCCUCCAAGCUGGGUUAAAUUUUUACAGGAGUAAUAUAUAUAUGUAGUUGUGGUGGAGAUGUGUAUAUAUUGUGCAUACUUAAUACUGUUAUAAAGCAGCAUUCCUUGGUGAAUGAAUCAGAAUAUAUA